GUUCAUUCAGUACGGAACCACAAGGAGUCCCCAAGGGACAAGCACCCAGAACAAAAAUAUAUGGAUCCCCAUCAGGAACACUCAUGCAUGACACUUAGUAACACUGUGUACAUUUAUUAAGGGGGAAAGACACAAGGGUACAGCAGCCAACCCCUUAAUAUGGAUCUUCAUAUAAGCAAGUUCUGAAAAUUCAUGUGUUUUAAAGGAAGAUCUGGAGUAAUAGAAAUACUCAUCUAGUUUCGGGCCAUGUUAUUAGUGUGAGCUACGUAUUGACAGUGUACUGUAAGCUACACUGCGACUUUAAAAGACUAUUAAACUCAAAGGAAAUGAAGCCCCACCGUCGCUCGGGAACAAGAUCGGGCUCAUUUUGACAUAGGGCUGACGUCUGUGCGCAAGAAAAACUACAAUUCCCAGCGUCCUUAGCGCCCACGCCUCCGGUCGUUAGCCCACAAGCAUAGGACCGGAACCUUGUAGUUCCGGGUGGCGGAGGCGAGACGCACUCUGCGAGGCUUUCGUCACUCGCCCGCCGCCCCUUCCGCGGGUGUAUCGCGAGAGGACCUUUCACCAAUGAAAAGGAAGAACUGACAGAACCUUCGCCGCCCUGAUCAACUGCUAGGAGGCUGAAACCUGCGUGAACCUGAUCGGUGUUCUUGCUCUGCAGCUUCCUCUCUUAGUAGCCAUCACCAGUAGUCCAGCAAGACUGUUUAGAAAAAUGGAAGGGAAUGGAUCCAUCGACAUGUUCUCAGAAGUCCUAGAGAACCAGUUCCUCCAGGCCGCUAAGCUCGUGGAAAACCACUUGGACUCUGAAAUUCAGAAACUGGAUCAGAUUGGUGAAGACGAGCUGGAACUCCUCAAAGAAAAGAGACUGGCGGCACUCAGGAAGGCCCAGCAGCAGAAACAAGAAUGGCUUUCUAAAGGACACGGGGAGUACAGAGAAGUGGCCAGCGAGAGAGACUUCUUUCAAGAAGUCAAGGAGAGUGAAAAGGUGGUUUGCCAUUUCUACAGAGACACCACAUUCAGGUGUAAAAUACUAGACAGACAUUUGGCAAUACUGGCCAAAAAACAUCUUGAAACCAAGUUUUUGAAGCUGAAUGUGGAAAAGGCGCCAUUCCUCUGUGAGAGACUGCGGAUCAAAGUCAUCCCCACACUAGCACUCCUGAGAGACGGCAAGACACAAGAUUAUGUUGUUGGGUUCACCGACCUAGGAAAUACAGAUGACUUCACUACGGAAACUUUAGAAUGGAGACUUGGCUGUUCUGACGUCAUCAAUUACAGUGGAAAUUUAAUGGAGCCACCAUUUCAGAGCCAAAAGAAAUUUGGGACAAACUUCACAAAGCUGGAAAAGAAAACUAUCCGAGGAAAGAAAUACGAUUCAGAUUCUGAUGAUGACUAGACUAUGCUGUCCUUGUAGACCAUCUGUUUGUCUGUUUACUUCAGAGUUAAGUGUGUUCCUAAAUUCUCCUGAUUUCGGCCCAUUGACCAUCUAUACUCAUGUCCCAACGUUUAUACUGUGUCACUACAUGGAAGGACAUCAUUGCUAUUUUGACCAUCAUGUGUAACUUGAAAGAAACAGAUAUUUUAAAUUACCUGGAAA